AUGGCGAAGCCUUCUUCUUCUUCGUCUGGCGGUGGAACAAACCUCGCUUCAUGCGCGGUCGCCGCCGUCUUCAUCGUCUUUGCUAUCAUAGCCGCGGUUACAGUUUACCUAACCGUCUUCAGACCGAGAGAUCCCGAGAUCUCCGUCACAAACGUCAAAGUCCCGUCGUUCUCCGUCGCCAACAGCUCCGUCAGCUUCAGCUACUCCCAGCUCUCCUCCGUCAGAAACCCAAACCGCGCGGCGUUCUCUCACUACAACAACAGAAUCGAGCUCUUCUACUACGGGAACCGGAUCGGUUUCAUUUUCAUACCCGCUGGUGAGAUCGAACCGGGUCAGACGAAGAGGAUGGACGCUAGUUUCUCCGUGGAUUCGUUUCCGCUCGCGUCUUCCUCUGCUUCUCGAAUCUCCGCCGCGGAUUUUCAGAGGCCUGGAUCCGGGUUGGUGGUGGGGGAGGAGAAUCGGGCCGGGUCAACAGUGGAAAUAGAGUCGAAGCUGGAGAUGGCGGGUCGGGUUAGAGUUCUGGGUCUGUUCACGCAUCAAAUCGCGGCGAAAUGUAACUGCAGGAUCGCGAUUUCUACUGUUGAUGGUUCGAUCGUAGCCGUCCGUUGUUGAUACCAGACUUUUGUAGCAAUUAAACAAAACUGUACAAGUGUUUCUUUACAGAACACAAAUGCAAAACUCUAGUAAAAACCCAGCUUGGGUUCUUUUCUGAA